AUGAGCAAGCCGAUCAUUGUCUAUGGCCAUGACACCGGUCCAAACCCCUGGAAAGUCGCCAUCGUGCUCGAAGAGCUCAAUAUCCCCUAUGACUAUAAGAUUGUUGAUAUGGCAGAUAUGAAAAAGCCUCCUUUUGAAGCCAUCAACCCCAAUGGUAGAGUCCCUGCCAUCACCGACCCAAAUACAGGCAUCACACUGUGGGAGUCUGGGGCAAUUAUCGAAUACUUGAUAGACACAUACGACAAGGAAAGCGUCUUGACCUUCAGCCACUUUCCCGAGAAGUACCAUGUUAAGCAGUGGCUCUUUUUCCAGGUGAGCGGUCAGGGACCUUACUUCGGACAAGCUGUUUGGUUCCAGAAAUUCCAUGAGCCGGUUGUCCCCAGCGCGCAAGAGAGGUAUACGGACCAUCUCAAGCGUGUGCUUGGUGUUCUUGAUAAGUAUUUGGAUGGGAAAGAGUACCUUGUGGGAAAUAAGUGCACUAUAGCGGACUUGUCAUUUGUGACUUGGGAUAUGAUGGUACCGUGGAUCUUGGAAGGUGAUACAGAUGCUUCUCAACUUGAGAAACACUACCCGAAUUGGGCUGCUUGGCAUCAACGGUUAAUGCAACGUCCUGCAGUCCUGAAAAUUGCUCAGGACAAGCAAAAUGCGGUUUAA